AUGGUCGCCAACCCUGACACCGCGGCGAGACAUUCGUCCAGCUCACCGGGCACGACGCAGGGUGAGACACCCGAGUGUCAAUUGGCCCCGAUCUGCACGGAACAGAAAGCAACGCGCCAACAGACACAAGGUAGCUCGCGGCCUGCGACUCCGUUGUCAAGGACUCGAUCGCAGAACGGCUAUGGCUGCGAUGACGAGGUAGACUCCGAUGUGUCUGCCGACGCGGGCGAGCGCGGAAGGGGGACGCCAGAGCAGGACCCGUUUGAGGUUGUGUGGGAUGGUGGUGACAGUGAUCCGUUGAACCCACGGAGUUACAGCACACCUCGGAAAUGGAUGAUCACCUUGAUUGUUGUCAGUGGCAGCUUUUGCGUCACCUGCACAAGUUCGAUAUACACGUCGACAUAUGCUCAGAUGGAGGCAGAAUUUGGCGUUUCGCGCAUCAUCGCCACGCUGGGUCUGUCGACCUUUGUCCUGGGCCUUGGAUUAGGUCCCAUGCUCUUCAGCCCCCUGAGUGAGUUCUACGGCCGCCGGCCCAUCUACCUCGUGUCCUGGUCCAUCUUCCUCAUCUGGAUCAUUCCGUCUGCGGUGGCCCCCAACAUCGCCACGAUGAUUGUGGCUCGCUUCUUUGACGGUUUCGCUGGCAGCACCUUUUUGGCUGUGUCAGGCGGGACUGUGGGUGACUUGUUCACAAAGGAAGACCUCCAGGUUCCCAUGGCGAUCUUCACCGUCGCGCCUUUGGUCGGGCCAACCGUGGGACCUCUGCUCGGUGGCUUCAUCAACUACAACGUCGAUUGGCGAUGGACAUAUUAUGUCCUCCUCAUUUGGGUCUCUGUAGUUCUCCUGUGCAUCAUUUUUCUGGUGCCCGAGACAUAUCAUCCUGUUCUUUUGCGGAGGAAAGCAGCCAAGAUACGCAGAGAGACGGGAGACGAUCGAUGGGUGUCGGCCUCCGAGAAGAUACAAAGGUCGAUCAUUGGGGCCAUUGGUCACUCCUUGAAGAGGCCGUUCCUUCUCCUAUGGUUCGAGCCGAUGUGCUUGAACCUGUGCAUCUUCACCGCCCUGCUGCUCGGCAUCAUGUACCUCUUCUUCGGGGCGUUCCCGUUGGUCUUUGGGACAAACCACGGCUUCAACUUGUGGCAGGUUGGGCUGACGUUCUUGGGUCUCGGCGUCGGCUCCGUCGCCAGCCUCGCCACUGAUCCUCUGUGGUACAGAGUGAGGGGCCGCCUGGUGGCCAAGCUCGAACAAGAGACUGGCGUUGCUGGUGCCAGCGAGCCCGAGUUCCGCCUGCUGCCUGCCCUGGCUGGGGGUGUGCUCGUACCUAUUGGCCUAUUCAUCUUUGGCUGGUCGACGUUUCCCUGGGUUCAUUGGAUCGUGCCCAUCAUUGGGUCAGUCUUGUUUGGCGCUGGGACUAUACUGGUUUUUACGGGCGUAUUCACAUUUCUGGUCGAUGCCUAUCCAUUAUACGCCGCCAGUGCUCUGGCUGCCAACUCAUUUGUGCGUGGUACAUUUGCAGCCGCCACACCCUUGUUCGGCAAUCAGAUGUACAACGCUCUAGGCUAUCAAUGGGCAACAUCGCUACUUGCCUUCCUCACUCUGGUGAUGACGCCAUUUCCUUUCAUCUUCUUUUACUUUGGCAAGAGGAUCAGGCACCGAAGCCGGUUCGCAAAGCGCUGA